CCUCUGCCACUGGCUUUACACUUCCUCCCAGACCCCACAGACCAGGUCGGGUUCGAGCUUCGGGGCUCUCCUGUCACCAACCAUACCCUCACUGACUUCGACUCUUGAGCCUAGAGCAGCAGCCAAUCCACUCGUUUUACAGCCGUUCAGCGAUCUUCAAUUGCCUCUCGCUCCACCAUGCCCCCGAAGGCCACCCAUCCAGCUACGCUGCCCGAAGCCCGCGGAGUCAAGUACGACGAAUCCGACAUGGCGCUCUUCCAUGCCAAGCUUUCAUACCAUUCGACGAUCGACGACCGGCUGGCGACGAAAGACCCGAAUCUGAUGUCCAUCUCGGAACAUCAAGCGCGGAUCCUGAAGCGGUGGGAGAUGCUGAAGCAGGUGGAGAAGGAGAUGAGCGAGAAAGGCAAACUUCUGUCGCCGGCGGAAAAGAACCAACUGGCGCAGUACGAAUGGCGAUACCGGAGACUGGAGGAGGUCGCGACGACGAGCACCAGAUAGGACAGGCCGCGUUUUCUUUUUAUAAACAUCAUCACGAAAAA